UGCAGUUGGGUUAAUUGCACGGGGGCAGCAUGACUGCCAAGCAGCGCAAAGCAGGCAGAGGGCGGACUGAGAACAAUGCUGGGGCUUUCGUUGCUCCGGGCCGGACGGAAGAGAGGGAGGCCGGGGGUCCCAGGCACAGGGAAGCCUGGGCUUGGAAGUGCCGAGCCGCGCUGGGGCUGCUGUUGCUCGGGGUGGCCGCCGCCGGGGUCGCUGUGCUGGGCUGGCUGCUCGUGCACCAGCUGGAGACGCUGGAGCAGCUGGGAGAGACUGUGGAGAAGGUGCGGGGCCGCCUUGAGGAGCUGGAAGUGCUGAAGGAGCAAGUGCAAAGGACGAGAGAGCAGCUGUCUAACACGGCAGAGCUGGAGCGGCGACUCUCUGACCUGGAGCUGGCCCAGAUGCUGUCUAGGCAGAAACUGGAGCGAGCCUCUGUCGCUGCUGAGCGCAUCGUGGCCUCUGACCCUAUCGGCAAGCUUGCCGCCUUCCAGGCGGAAGUGAAGCAGGCCAUCAGCGAGCUGAGAGGAGAGCUCCCCUCCGGGACCGAGCUGGCUGAGCUGCAGAGCCAGCUGGAGCAGCUGAGAACCACCGAGCUGGAGAUGCUGAGGCAAGAGGUGGCCGGGCUCUUGUCGUCGGGUUCCAGGCUGGAGCAGAGCGUGGCCUCGUUGACCGGCUCCCUCACCAGUGCCCAGAGGAGCCUGGAAGAGAAAGCUCAUAGCCUGCAAGCCAUGCAGCAGGAAGCGGAGCACGCUAAGGUGGCUGGCGAGAGAUUGGAGAACAACAUUGGCUCCCUGUCAGCCCGGACCUUCAUCCUGGAGGGAAGCCUCAACCGCACCACACUGCUGGCACGCGCCCUGCAGCUGCAGCUGGAGCAGAACAGCAAGGCUCUGGCUGGACUGCAGGAAGUGGCAGCAAAUCAGAGCGGGAGCGACAGCUCUGAACCUCGGCAGCUGGAGAACCUCAGGGUGCAGAUCCAGCAGCUGCACAUGGAGAGAUCGGCCACGCAGGAGCGGGUGAGCGAGGCGCUGCACAGCAUUGCUGACCAGAGGAGAGAGCUGCAGGGUAGGAUCUCAGAGCUGGAAACGGCUAUUCAUGCUCUUCAGGGCCAUGUGACUCAGGUGGAGCUGGGCAUGGUCAAUCUGAACACACAGCUCUCUGGUGUCGUGGAGCAGCAGCUGCAGGGUCUAAAGAUUGGGAUGGCCAAUCUGGAGAGCAGCCUGGGCACCAGCCUGCAGCAAUGUCUCUCAGGAGAAGUACAGACCCGCUGUGAGACUGAGGAUGGCUGUGGGUGGCCGCAUGUGCACGAGAUCAGCUUCCCGCACCGUGUCCCAACCCAGCCCGCGAUUAUGCUGGGGCUGGUGGGGCUGAGCACUCGUGGUUCUGUGGGCAUCUCGGUGAGAGCUUUGGACAUCACGGACUCUGGCUUCAAAAUACACAUCGCCAGCAUGGGCAACCAGAGCCUGACCAGUGCCAGGGUCUCUUGGAUGCUGUGUGCCUAGAUGGAAAGCUGUGAUGCGGCCCCUGGGGCAGGGGUUACUGAGCUGGUGGCAUCUGCUUUACUUGGACACAACUGUGGUGUGCUUUGGUUUUCUUUAAAGUAAUUACAGCUUACAAGGAGUCCAUGUAGAUGGGAUCCCAAUGAAUAAGCCCCUUUCUUGGGAGCUGUGUAUCCCCAUUUAAUGGCAGGCUGAACAGCCCCAGGCCUUGCUGAAGGCUCCUGGAAAGUGCAACUGACAAGAUCUGUCUUAAACUUCCAAACCUAAGCGCCUAAACUGAACCACCAGCUAUAUGCACGUGCAACUGUUUGUUUGCGUUCAGCCACUCUGCAUCUGCAGAUGUGUGUCUCACUCGCACGAAAAGAUGCACCACAAGGCUAAUUGUGAGGGAAGUUGAGCACCUGGGUCUGGAAAGUUGGCCUGUAAACCUCUUUAUUUAGGAAUUUUUUGGUUUUAUUAUUUUCAGUAGCAACAGUUGGAAUGUUCUCCUGCUGCCCAUUUAGGAUUCUACCCAGUGCUUUGCAUGUCAGAAGUGUUAAAACUUAUGCAGAGAUGAUGCUAAUGGCUGGAUGCAGCCAAAUGACCAAAGGGGGUGUGUGCGUGUGUCCAGUUGGAAAUUCCUGGCUGAGCCAGUUUCUCCUGGCAGUGUGAGCUUGCCUAUAUGGCAGAGGGCAUUGCUAGUCAGGGCUGCUCAUCCCUCACAGAGCUAUGGCGUCUACGCUGAGCCUUACCCUGGAAGAGAUGGACAGACCUGCUAAGCUUUCUUGUGGUGUUGCAAGGUGGGUUAAGACUACUGGCCUUCUCUGGACCUAUCUCACCAAGUGAAACACCAGAGCAUUCAGACUGGGUGUGCUUGCUUGUCUGUCUAAUUCUGCGGAAGGGAAGCAGCUGUAUUUUAAUGUAUACAACUCUCUCAGAAGAAGGCUUUGGGGCUGCUAAUGGCUUGUCCAGCCUGCUGACCUAUGCACAAUACAUUUGUUCCCCUAUUCUCUCUCCUCUCCUUCCUACCCGCCCCCCCCCAAAAUCACUGGAAGAUGCACUGGAGCUCUCAACACAGCAGGCCCCAGGGUGGGAGAGGGGCCUGCAAAGCAGGUUAUGGGUCCACCAUGAGACACCUUGCAAAGAUGGGAGGUGUGUGCAAUUCCACCCCCAUAAUCCCAGUUUGGAGGUUUUGUGUCCUGUGGUGGUGGGUAGAGAAAGACACUCAGCUAGUGCUACAUAUGUACCCCAUGGAGAUGCGUAGGUCUCAAAUUUGGCAGGGUUGGGGUUGAGCAUAGUGCCUUCUGUGGCUGAAGAUUAGAACACAGAGGCUUCUUGUCAGAAUAUGGGGGAAUGUUCCCCAGAUUGCUGGCUAAUGUGGGAGUGGGGGUUUGGAGUGACUUGGGUGCUAGGAUAGCUCCACUCUAGAGUCACAGGAGACAGUCUGCCUAAAUUGUCCUCUUCUCCUCCACACGUUCACUCUGCGCUGACUGAAAGGAGGAAGGGACAAUCUUGUUAAAGCACAGAACUAGGAUGUUGGAAAUCUAUGUUCUGUUCCUAGCUCUGCCACACGUUGGCAGGUGGCUUGCCCUCUGCACCUGGCCUUUGUAAAGUACCAAGCGAUGCCUGCUGUCUGCAGAAAACUGUAGAGAUUUUUUUUCCCCUGAAAAAGCAGAUUCUGCAAACUGAAACGCUGUCAUUUGGAAAUGGGGUUGCCCUGCCUUAUGGGAGUUGUAGUUCAGAUGUCUGUUCCCAUUCUCCUCUAUAGAGGGAAUAUGAGGCUGCAUUUACCAGUCAAAAUAUUUUGGGGUUUGGGUCUAUUUUUGGUGGAAAAAUCAAAAGUUUCUGUGUGCGUGAACCUAUUUUCCAAUGACCAUCUCUAGUGCCAAUUACAGUUUUUAAGCUCACUUGGUGCCAUCAGCUGGGACACAUGGCAGAUGCUUUCCCAUAAUGCCUGAAGUGUCCCGCAGGGAUCCAGAACAUUCCAGCAUUGUCUCAUCAUCUGAACUGCGCUGACGAGACUGCUGCUACCCCGGCUCACCAGGAUGCUGGCUGCAGAAAAGGAGGCGGUGCACUGAAAGGUCGAGCUAGGAGUCGUAUGAUGUGGGGGGGAUGGCAAAUGGAUCUUCAGGCUGUCGGAGGGCAGAGAGAGGGGCCAAAGCAGAUGUUCCACUCUGGAUGAGUGGGGACAUCCAGAACUCUCAGGACAGGCUACAGGACACAACUAAGACUCUGAAGUGACUUCUGGCAAUGGGAUCUGGGAGCCUGAGCAGUGCCUGCUGCUUCUUCACACCCAUGCUGAUCAUGUGUGUAUUCAGCCCUCCUCAGCAGAGGGUGUACUGACAGCGCCUGAGGACUCCAAGGAGAGAGGGAAGGGUGGUGGGAUUCUGUGCAAAACAUCUAAUGCCUCCAGAGUCAGACAGGAAAUGAUGGGUUUUUUCCAGUUGCUUCCAUGUGCCCAAUGUAACUGCAGACUUUCCCCUGUCCAGGGGGAAGCUGCUGCUCUGUGACUGUCCAUAGGCAAAAGAGCUGCUGCUGUUCGUUCAUGCCUGAGCUGCAGGAAUCACGUCUGUGACUCAGCCCCGUGGAGGCCUCGAGGUUUGUGGGCCGUGUGCUUCAGCCUCUGGCACGGAGCUGGCUGCCAAUUCAGGAGGCCGCAAGUGCUGAAUUGCCAAAGUUGUUUUAGAAACUGAGCAAAUGGGCACAAACCAAAACCUCCCUCGGGUGGAUCUCUGUUGGCAGUGCAAUAUUUGGCCUCGUCCCCAGCGUGCCUUGCUCUAAACCGGUUUUCUGCUCAGGUGUGGGCUCGCAUGGCUUCAUGCGAAAUGGAAGCACUUGCCCUGAAAUGGCGGAGUGCAAAGUAAGACACCUUCCAACUUCAAGGCCCCGUUGGCUGCUCUGUGGGAUGGAAUGGGGGGGGGAAAAAACUGGUGGGUCAGAACAGGGAGCGCUGUAUGCAAACCAUCAAUCCUCUCCUGGGCUUGAGAGCCUCUGGGACCACGGCCACCCUCCUUGGCAUGCUGCUCCUCCUGCCAUAGGGUUCCCCUGCCUAAGGGUGAAGUACUUGAGCCUGUAACAAAGCAAGCCAAAGCAAGUUUGUGGGGAACAUGGAAUCUGGCCUAACGUUAAUUCCGAGUAGCUCUACAAUGUCCACGUAUGUAGCCUGGCUCCGAUCAGACCCCUGGCUCCUCUCGUGCUGGCAAGGCCAGCAAAGUCCUUUGCUGAAGCUUUUCUGCAAAUACUGAAUAAAAAGCAGGAAAGCCAAA